UAACAGAAGAAGUUCUAGGGUUCCAUUUAGGGCUUUCAGUUUCACGGAGGAAAUCGUGGCUGCUCCCCUCUCCUACUCCUUUUUUCUUCUUCGAUUCAAUUCCAUCUCUUAUUCUCUCAAUUGAAUCGCUCAAUUGAUAAGCAAUUGGUUUAAAAUUUAAUCGGCAAUUAGGUAUAUACGCGAUUGCAUUUAUAAGAUAUAUCGCUAUACAUUUGAGAAUCGAAACCAACAUUAUUAUUUGAUUUGUUAAUAUGGGAGGAUCGCGGAAAUCAAAAAUGGUUACGUGGGCCUCAGAUGUUAAUCUUUGUCAGGUUAGGCUCUUUCUGACCGAAGAAUCUCCUUCACGGGUUGGGAUGGGAACUCAAGAUAGUCUACAGGCAAAACCACUAUGGCCAUUGCAAUCUGGUGUUAUGGUUUCCAACGAUAGUUUGCCCCCAGGCUUUGAUGGAAUCCGGCCUGCAAAUCCAUGGAGAGCCAAGCCAUCUCGGAUACCAUUGGUCAAAUGGAGUUGCCCUCCUCGGCUCCAAAUCAAUCCUGAAUGGCUAGUUGUUUCCGGGGAAGAGAGCCGGGAAAUUGAAGUGCAGAAUCACCGGGAAAUGAAAGUGUUCGAAGCUAUCUAUCCUCACCCAUCCGCAGUUCCACCAAAUCCUUCUGCAUUACCUGGCGCCGAAGACUCAGUUAAGAACGACAAAUUCACGCCUGUAGUUCCCAUCACACCAGAGGAAGACGAAGAUGGUACCACAGACACACCCCUUGUAUCCUCAGCAGCAGGCAGACAGCCCUCUGCCCCGGCAACCUCUUCUUCUCCGAUCAGUGGCGCGGCCGGAGUGGAUCCCAAUAUUGUGAUUGCUGCCCAAGCUGCACUGAAAUCAGUCAUGCCAAGCAACAAGGACCUGGGGAACCUAUUAGAUCCUGCCUUACUCCUCAAACUUCUCAGCAACCCGAAAAUGGUCGAGCAACUGCUUGCAAGCCGAGCAGCCGUUCCAACCUCCAGCCACCACGCUCUGCCAUUUCCUGCCAGACCACAAACCACUGUAUCCACCGUUCCCCAAAAUUUCCAGCCAUCCGGUCCGCCAGCAAUCCAACUCCAAACUGCUGUAUUCUCCACCGGCCCGCACUUGCAAAUCCCUUCAUCUUCCAAUACGCCGAAUACACCAUCCACCAGCGCGCAAUAUUCUUCCUACCCGAGAUCAGCGCCAAACGCCUCACCCGGCCCCAUCAACAUUCCCAUUGCCAGGAGAGAUCCGCCGUCUAUGCAAUCAACCAGACAAGAACUCGGAACCCUUCCCAUGUCGACACCGUACUAUCCUCCACCCCGGACCGGACCUCCAUCCUUCUCCAAUCUCCGGCCAUCCGCACCUGACGGGAUCUCCGCAGCAACCCCGUCCAUCGCUAAGGAUAUGAACUAUUUCAAAAGCUUGAUUCAGCAACAUGGCGAAGAAAGAAAAGAGACAAUGCCGCAACAUACUCAUCAAAACAACCUCCCGUUCCCCACCUCGAUGACAAGCCAAGAGUCCCAGAAGCCGAAACAUAGGAUCACGAAGCCGUGCAUGUUUUACAACAGCCCGAGAGGCUGCCGGAACGGCGAUAACUGCAUGUAUCUCCAUGCCGCCGAUGCACCCUCCCGGCAGAGGGUCGCCGCCGGCGGUAGUAAUCCGGAGUUCCAAAGCAGCAAGAGAAUGAAACUUGAUGGUGCAUGAAAUGAAAUCAACUCUUUAAUUUGACAGUGUUGGGUGUAAUUCAUUCCCAAGCCACUCUCAAUGUUUGCUCCAAUUGUAAUGUCGAACGAAUCAUUCAAAUUUGUUUAUUCAUACUUA